GUUUAUUACAAAGUGAAUCAUGUCGACGAUGGAGCGCCACCCGACCUCCAUUACUCCCGUCGCUCGGCAACCCAGCCUGGACGAUAUGAAUCUGGACCAGUUUCUGAAGAUAUCCAACUACGAGGACACGGUAAAACAGCUAGACAUUUACUACGGCAUCGUAAAACGACAGCUGCUACAGUUCCAAAGUCCAAUUACGGGGCUGUUUCCGGUGCUGAGUACGGAUCGGGAGGUUGGCAGCAUACGGGACAGUGUGUACUGUGCGGCAGCUAUCUGGAGUCUGUACCAAGCGUACCGCCGGAUCGAUGACGAUCGGGGCAAGAGCUAUGAGUUGGGUCAGUCGGCAGUAAAAUGUAUGCGCGGCAUACUGGAAUGCUGGAUAAAGCAGGCCCAUCGGGUGGAAAAGUUUAAAUCGCGCCAGUGUGCGGUCAAUGCACUGCACUGCAAGUUCCAUCUGGAUACGGGCGAGGAAAUCUAUUCCGAUGAAAACUACAAUCACCUGCAGAUCGAUGUGGUGUCGAUUUACCUUAUCUUUUUGGUGCAAAUGAUCACGUCCGGGUUGCAGAUCAUCUACACGCAGGAUGAGGUAGCAUUUGUGCAGAAUUUGGUGUACUACGUGGAACGUGCCUACCGUACGCCGGAUUUUGGGAUGUGGGAACGUGGCUCGAAGUAUAACGAUGGUACGCCCGAGAUUCAUGCAUCCUCGAUCGGUAUGGCAAAGUCGGCGCUGGAAGCAAUUAACGGAUGCAAUUUGUUCGGAGAGAAAGGUGCCUCGUGGAGCGUAGUUUACGUGGACAUUGACGCACACAACCGUAAUCGAAGCAUCUUCGAAACGAUGCUACCUCGUGAAUCGAGCUCGAAAGGUGUGGAUGCAUCACUGUUGCCAACGCUUUCGUUCCCGGCGUUCGCUUCCCACGAGGAACGGUUGGUAGACAUGAGCAAGCUGAAUGUGGUGCGCCGGCUAAAGGGCAAAAAAGGCUUUAAAAGGUUCAGCCGGGAUGGAUAUCUUUCUCGGCUGGAGGACAAAACGCGUCGCUACUAUCACAAGGGAGAAAUCAAGGACUUCGAAGGGUUCGAGUGUGAGUGGCCAAUGUUCUACACGUACAUGAUCAUCGACGGGGUGUUUAAGAAUAAUUUGGACCAGAUCGAGGAGUACCAGAUGGAGCUGAGGAAGUGUAUGCACUCGGACAAUAACGGAGAUCCAGUCGUAUCGAUGUGCUACGCACCGGACGGUGAUGGAAUGUACACGCGUGCCUCCUCGCAAUCACUGUUCCUGUGGGGUCAAUCGGUAUUCAUCAUUGCCCAGCUACUUACCGCCGGCUUGCUGCACAUUAACGAGCUAGACCCAAUCCGCCGAUACUUACCGUCGUACAAUCGGCCCCGGAAAGGUGGUCGUUAUUCAGCGUUUCAGGCGAAACCGGGAAUUCGUACAAAAAUCGGAAGUGCACUGGCCAUGAAUCGCCCUGUAACGCCACCGCAUAUUGAAGAGCGUCAGGAUCAAAUGUCGGAAUCGUCCUGCGAACCAGCGAGAGGUACAGCAACCGAUCUGGUGGUGCAGAUAGUGCUGAUCGCUGAAUCGAUGCGCCUGCAAGCCAUGAUGGCGACGUACGGUAUUCAAACGCAGACUCCACAUGAGGUUGAACCCGUUCAAAUCUGGUCCUCGACGCAGCUGAUCAAUGUGUACCAGCAGCUCGGUGUGAACGAUAAAAUAGGCCUUACCGGACGUCCACCGCGUCCGGUCGGUUCGCUAGGUACGAGCAAGGUGUACCGUAUCUGCGGCAUGACCGUCCUCUGCUAUCCGCUCAUCUUCGAAGUGUCCGAUUUCUACCUCUACCGCGAUAUGGCACUGUUGAUCGAUGACAUCAAGACGGAACUUCAAUUCGUGGGCAAGUACUGGCGGUUGUCCGGUCGACCAACCGUGUGUCUGCUGAUUCGCGAAGAGCAUAUGCGUGAUCCACAGUUUAAGGAAAUGAUCGAUCUGUUGGCAAUGUUGAAGAAGGGAUAUUGUGACGACAUGAAGGUACGGAUCGGCCGAUUGCAGAACCUUAUCUCCAGCUCCUGUAUCGAGCAUCUCGAUUUUAUGUCCACCUCGGAUCUGCCAGAUGUAGGCGAUACGGCAUUCGCCCAGAUACAUCACGAUUACAUUGGCUACCAAAGCUUAACCGAUGUUCCCCGGGCCCAGUCUUAUCGGGAGAAAAAGAUAACGGCAGCGGAGUAUGCAACCCGCUCGACACCGGACAUACUGGAAGCGUUGCGAAAUACGGAAUCGAUCUUUCUACAGUGCCAACUGCUCGGUAUUAUACUGCAUCGUGAAGGUGCACACUACGAGCUGGCCGGUGAAUCGGUGCACGUGCGAUUGACGGAUCUUUACUAUCGGGCCGGUACGCUACGGUAUUGGCGGGCUGUUCGUUACUGUAGCUCGUUGUUACGCCAUAUUGUCGAUUCGAUUUCGCCCUUCAUCACAACACUGCUUGUGAACGGAAAACAGAUAACGGUCGGCGUGAUUGGACAGCGGGAGACAAUCUUUGACAAACCGAUGACACCGUCCGAGAUACAGAACGUAAUGUACUCGACCGUGCAGCCGUACGAUGUGAUCCAUGCGGUACUGCAGCAAGAGGUGGUACUGUACUGUGGACGAUUGAUCGCAACGAAUCCGGACAUAUUUAAGGGAAUUCUAAAGAUACGCGUCGGUUGGGUGCUGGAAGCGAUGCGACUCUACCUCACGAUGAAGGGCGAUGAAGGGGCGGACAUUGAAAAUUUGUCACCGUUCCAAAUCCGGCAGCUGCUGCAGCGAGUACUUACCGUAAGCCAGUGGGCUAAUGAGGAUCACUUUAGCACAGUACAGCGUCGUCAGCUGGAAGGGUGUUUGUGUCGGGUGCCGAGUUCCUUCUACAAUCUCGUUUGGGAUGUGCUGGAGCGUACACCGCAUGGCAUUACCGUGCAGGGUCACAAUCUACCCGCCAUGCCAACGCUCACGAACAAAAGCCGUAGCGAGCUCUCGUUCUCGCUGCAGGUUGAAGAAAUGUUGCAUCAAAUCACACAACCCGAACGGCGCCAGAUUGCGGUCGAACUGUUGUGCAUUGUCGCUACCAUCUUGAGCCGUAAUCCGGAGUUACGGUUCCAGCAGGUGCUCGAUCUCGAUCUGCUGCUGGAGGAUUCGUUUGCGAUGUACUGCAAAGAUCAUAGUUUGCCACCGAGCAAAGACAUUUCGCCACUGUUUUCGCUGUCCUACUCACAAACUACGGGGUAUUUGGCCCGGGCUGCUGUUAACAGUGUGCUGCAACGGUGCGCCCUUUCCACGGAGGACUUUGCGGACGAUGUUGAGGAUCAUUGCCGUGUGCAGUAGUGCGCCACCAAAAA